AUGGCCACGAUUUGCUCUGUUUUGGAGAAAAAGCUCCUCAAGGUGUUGGUGCCGCUGCAGGGCCAGACCAAGCAGCUCGUGGCCCUCAAGUGUCUCACGGUGCUUCUCUACUUGUGUCAAUGGGGGUCUGGCAGCUUUAUGAACUGGCUUCGGAGCCGGUACACGGCGAUUGUGGUGCCUUUGGGUGCCAUGGGAUAUUCUAAAACGUAUGCUCUGGCGGUGUACGCCAAGGUGGAUGCUGUGGUGAGGUUCUGUGAGGAUGAUGAGGCGUUGAGGGUCUCACGGGACUCUUUGGACCAGUUGCGGUUGGAGAUGAGGGGCCAGGUGAUUCCCACGCUACAUUGA